UUGCUGCUGCUAAAACAUGCAAGUUGGUGGCUGCGAGAAAAAUGUUUAGGGAAAGCUUCUUGUGGUCGACUGGGAUUAUACAACUAGUUUCUUCAAUCGUUGCUGUUGAUGUGGAUCGUCUGCGUUCUUGUUUGAACGGAACAAUAAGAAUAACCUUGAAAGUCGAAGUAGCCACCAGACAAAAUACUUACCGUUCCUGUUAGCCGUCGUGAUUUGCCAUCCAGUGCCUACAACAUCGACUCACCGCUACCGGAAUCCGACGACCCAGCACAGAUUUAGAGAGCACAUAUUCGGACUGUGCCAUUUGUUUCCGAUCACUGGGGCGAAUUGGAAUUGCGCAGCCGAUUUAUUCCCCUCAAGAUUGAUUCGGCACCGAGAUCAUGGAGAUUGAGGAGCUACCCGAGGGUUCAUUCCAGUUGAUCUGGAAGAGCCACCGCGAGAGAUGCAGCGACACCGCGAUCGAGAAAAAGAUUCCGCAGUGGCGGAAGUACUGCGAGGUACGUCUCUCCAAAACCCUCACUUCCGCAGUGCCGCUUAUCUCGAAGCUGGAUUUGAAUUCGCAGGAGCUCGGCGAUCAAGGCGCGGCGAGCUUGUUUCGAUGGUAUUCGUUUCUCCGAGUUCGAGUUCGACCUUGACCUUGUUUGAACUUGAUGAAGUCCAGCUUUCUAACUUGUCAUUGUUUUUCCUUUCGUAUUUCCAGAUGUUAUGAUCCGUAAAUCUAAGUACUUAAAUCACCGUGGAGGUGCCGGAACAACGUAGAAAACAUUAGUUACAAAUCGCUUGAUAUAUAGAUUUCAUUAUUCGACCCAAAUUCCUUCAGGCUGUUGGAGUCCAGUAUGCAGGUCGAAAUCUUGUCGCUUUGGCGGAACAAAAUUGGCGACUAUGGUGCAAUGGCUCUCGGAAACUUUAUCCGACAGAGCAAGAGUUUGGUCGAGAUUCACAUGACGCAAAAUUUCGUCGGUCUGGCAGGUUUCUGCUCGAUCCUGGAAUCCCUGACCAAGAAUCCGCAGCUGCCCAAGGUGUGGCGUUGCUCCGACGGUCUACGCUUCGAAAUAUCGCCCCUGUGGAUACGGCUUGGCGAUAAUCGAAUCCCCGACCCGUUGCAAGUUAUCAAAGACGAGGGAAAAAUUUUUCUGCAAGUCAUGGGUACAGAACUUAUCUGUAUUGAUUUCUAAACUACACAGGAUUUGAUUUGACUGGUUCACAGCUAAAAAGGGUUUUGUUUCAUCAAGCUCCGGUGGUGAUAAGUUGAAACACUAUUCACCAGCUAUUUACAAGCAGGAACAUAGAAAGUACGCUAAACAGUUACUCGCUCGCCGGAAGAAGCGAGCACCCGAUUGAUUUCUAAACUACGUUAACAUGAUUUUUUUUCAUUUAUGAGGAUGACUCAAUUGCUAUGCUUCGCUACGAUGCAUGAAUUGGAUUGAUGCUGCCACUGCCUCACUGUCUAGGACAUCAAUGUCGUUUACGACGUUAAUCAACUGCGUCUCCGGUCGGAGCGCAAGGAGGUUCAUCGAUCGCGUGACCCCGACGGUUGACAAACCACAUUGAUGGUUUUUGUUCAACCAGAAGUAGAGUUUUAUUGCCUGCUCCUGCAACAAGAAACGAUUGACCCCACUACAGGCGAAAGCGAUAACGUCGACCCGUACGAUUUUUUUCAAGUGUGCGAAACCAAGACGCGGGAGUCCUUGCAGAGGCGCAUUGCGAGCUGCCGCGAGAAGGCCCGCAAGCCCCUGGCCACUUUCCUGUACCUGCAAACGCAACGCCCAGUGGGACAUUUGGCAGCCGCCCCGCCUUGUGCGCGGUUGUUGGAGCGUGUCGGCAAAUUUCCGCAACCGGCAGACGCAAAAGUGGCAUGGGAAACGUAUCAAGGGGGUUCCACCUGCUCAUCUUCCACCGCCGUCACGGUGACUGCCGGGCGCGGUCUACAUCUUCAAGGUGGCAGCUCCUCUGCCGCCUUGGUCUCAUCUUCUUCUCGAUCCGGCACCGUCAUGGCCGCUAGUUGGGGUGACCAGCAGGGACUCACCUUGUCUGGCUGUGAAACGACCUCCGGGUCUAGUACCAUUGGGCCGUCGAGCGUUGCAAACAACAAAGCCUCGUUAUGAGAGUGCACAAGAACUCCCCCCCCUGCCCCUCGUUUGAAAAGCAUGAGCAGCAACGCAAGCAAGAGCGGCAAUUGUGCUUCCCCAUGACAAAGAAAGUUGCACACGGAUAGUUGUGAAAAUACUUUUUGAGGUACCACGACCCAGAGUUUGUCUAAAGGUCAAGUUAAAUGCAAAACGUGGAGGCGGUAAUAUUUUGCAUAUGAUAUUACAAAUGAGGAGGAGGGUGAGUUGUGUUGAAUUCUCAUACUUGUCUGCCAUGUCGGUUCGCGACCACGCAUGGGAGACCAAGGCAUCUUGGCGCCGCACCCCGGCUACCACAGAGCAGUCCUCCUCGUCGUCCUCGAGCAGUAGCGCUGGCGCCGGUGUUCUUGGUAGCGGAACGUCCUCUGCCGCAGCUCCUGGUACGACCACGGAGCGCUCCAGAAACGUCAACGCUGCGGAGUCUGAAGUUUCGGAGAAACCCGCGAUUGGUACUACUAUAGUAGUAUUUAUUUCAACUUACUCCUGAAGUAUUUUUUCAGUAUUUACAUGUAUUUUCUUUGCAAAAAAUGCAGAUCCACUCUCACUUCUGCGACUGAAGGCUGGGCUUGCACUGCAAAUAUUUCCACCGUUCAAAAACAGAAAAAGAAAAUAGAUGUAGAUCAGUAUGAUGACACACACAAAGACCAACCAGCUAAAAAUGUGAAGAACUCUGCAACUACACAGUUCGCCCGAAGAUUUUUCGGCGGACGCAACCGACGCACACUGCGCGCUUCUGCACGUUGUUGGCGACGCCUAGCAAGCAGUCUUCUGCGGCAGGAGGUCUAGCUCCGUCCUCGGGUGGGGGCGGUCUUGGGAGCGGGAACAACAAGGCAUCCUCCACCACGGAGGACCGAGAGUCCAAGCGAGCAGGAGGCAAUCAUGCUCAACAUCAGCCCGAUCAUCAACAUAACCAGCACGCUGGAGGAGCUACAGGAGGCGCAGCCGGUACUGCAACUACAACGUCUCGUCGCGUCCGAGUUGUUCGCGAGGUCGACGAAGAGGGGUUCGAAAGGGUGCAGCCCCGCGGUGGGUGGCGAAGCCUCAAAGCGCCCUCUGCGGCGGCGGCUUUCGUGCAGGAAAAGCUGAAGAUGAAAGCCGGAAAUCAAGAAGAUUCAAGUCGUGAAGCUUCCACCUCUGGUGCUGCGGCCGACGCGUUUCUGCUACUUAUGCGAUACAAAGAACUACACGCAAGCAGAAGCAACUGCUGUGCGCGGGGAGUCUUGAAUUGCUCCCGAGGACAAUGGGUUUUCGCUCACUUGUGACUUGGCCGUCGCGUCGGGUCUCUUGUAGGUUGGCGCCCCGUGAGACGUCGUGCGCGCCGGAUUGGCCACGCGAGGCAAUCUCGCCAACCUUCCGCAUGGGAGGGGCACACUAGGAGGCGGCCCGCCACCGAGCGCCGCGGUUUUCGGCGACGCCACUCGGUUGUGCCGUUGCGUUUGCAGUGUUCGCGAUCGCUUCCCGAAGGGGCAGGUGUGGCGUGUGUGGUCUCCGAAAAGGCAGUGGAGGGCGUCCUUGCGCCCACGUUUUGGCCCCAGAAAGUGUCUGGAUGGUCGGCAAAACGGCUCAAAAGUUGGGUUUUUUCUCCUCAAAAAAACCCAAAAGGUUGCUCCUCAAAAACGCCCAAAAGUUGGCUUUUUUGAAUUCAAUUGCGCGGGUAGGCCCAAAACAGCCAACCUGCGGCGCAGGUAGGCCCAAAACACCCUACCCGCGAAACUGAAUUCAAAAAUGGCGCAUUUUUGGACAUUUGUGUAGUUGAAAAAUGGCGCAUUUUUUGAUCUGAAAAGGACUCCACUCUGGACAUUUCGGAGCGUCUGUGUGGCCAUCCAGCCACCCUGGAUGCCCAUUCCGAGGCCCGGAAUGCAUCUGCGUGGCUUGUCCGAGUGGCUUAUCGCAGUGUGACUCGGCGAAGAAAAGCGCACGCGAUCGGCUUGGGGUGCUUGUUCUUUCUUACUUCCGUUUGAUGUUUGCUGAACCUCCAAAGCGGUUUGCUGGCCAAGCAAAGUCACGGAAGGAACCGUUGCCCGUUCCAUAGCGACAGCACAGCGGCAAAAGCACGCGCCUCACCCCGUGUGCAUUAACGCGAAGGAUUUGGGGCUAUUGACGUCCCAAACUAAUGCCUAUCGCUCAUCCACCGCCGCCCGGCCGAGUCAUUGGGCAGUGGGGUGGAUUCGCCAUUGUCAGGCUCGGCCGGGGUGGGGUGCGAAAAAAUCACUCCGCCUUCGUGCCACUUUUCAUCCAAUUGGACGGGUUGGCAAAGCAUAUGGCGUCUACUCGUCGUGCUAAUUUGCUUCCCCGCUCUGCUCAAUUUCCUCUCCCAAUUUGGCACCAAGAAUGCAACAAACGCCCGUGGCGCAUUUCGCAAAAUUUAAUUUUCUUCAAUCCACAUUGAAGAAAAUUAAAUUUUUUGGCAAUAGGCCUGUUUUGCGUUUUGUCACUCCAUAGCACCGUCUUCCACCUCUGGUGCUGCGGCAGACGCGGGGAAUCUCGCGGCGCAGGAGAAGGCCGCGCAAGCAGGUACGUAUAAUCAUGGGGUCGAAGACCACGAGGACAGCGGAAGCGCUCGUGCGGCCAGCACCUCAGACAUGUCCGACGAGCAGGCCAAGACGAAAAUUUGUCGAGGCGACUGCUUAGAAGUGGUCCCGAAAGAGAUAUUAAACGAAGGGCCGGUAGUUGUGCGAACAACUCCCGCGGACGGAGCAGCUAUUGAACACCAAACGCCGAAGAUCAACAUCCCGGAGUCUUCAGGCGAGACGAAACGGAAGCGCACCAGCAGCACGGGUGAAGACGACCUGUAUGUGUACAAUCUUUUGGCCGCCGGCACCGGCAGGCGGGCCACAGAGGACAGUGUGCCGGCGGCUGAUGUUGAGGAGGAGAUGACGACGAAAAUAUUAAAUGGCGUCGUUUCAACAUCAACAUCGUCCACCAGCCAUCUCGGCAAAAACAAUCCACAGUUUUCGGUAGCAGAACAACUAGAGCGGUCGGCAGAGAAAAAUGAUGGAACAAAAAGUACUGAACCACAGCACGACCAAUUGCAAUUCCAGCAGGAAGAAGCAACAUUUGGUGCAGAUUGUCCACCUCCCCGAUUGAGUUCCCCAAAGAACAACACGAGUUGUACUAGUACGCCACCUGCCGCCGAGGAAGGUGCAGGUAUUCCUGCUGCAGACAGCAACCAAUCUUCAGGCACAAGUACUGCGUUUGAGGCAAAGGCGUCCGUCGCUGCCAUGGUUGUUGAUGUUGAGAAGGACAGCAAAGAGGCUCCGUACAAUCCAGGAAGCACCACGUCCACGCGGGCACCCGAAGACGACCACAUUCUUCGCAUGACGCAGCUACAAGAAGACUUAAACGGAGUCGUUUCAACAUUCUCUUCAUCUGGCGUGCCAGGAGCUUCGGCGACGAGUAAUACCACCAACAACCCGGCAGCGAGCGCCGCGACGGCCGCAGCUUGUACAACAACUCUGCAACCGAACAUGAUCAAAACCACCUUUAUUCACACGAGCGACGGCAAGAUCGUGCCUAGUACGACCACGGCGACGAACAAUACUAGCUCUGGCACUGCAGGUGCAGGUGCAGCUCAUUCCGGAGGUGCGACGUGCAUCAGCAACCCGAUUACGCCGGCUAGUGCGACCUCCAAGACGACCCCCAGCGGAGCGGUAUCCGGCUCCACCUUUGCCACCUCUGUUUUCGGGAGCUGCAACACGAACACCAUGUCGAGUGGUGGGGGAGGAGGGGCGGGCGCCGACAUAUUGCAAAGCAUCGGUCUUGGCCUGCCCCCUUUGAAAAUGAUACCCAGCAACAACAGUCUCACCUCGACAUCCCAGGUGGUCGAGAACACAGACAGCACUUCCAUUGUGGCGAGCAGUUUAUUGUGUGGCAACACGACGAACAAAAACGCGUCGUCCCACGUCGUAGACGCGUCCACCUCUCAUGGAGGACGUACCGAACAGAGCCGCGAUAUUGAAGAUGCUGUUAGCGGCGACAAGGACAAGAAAGCCGCUUUCUCUGGUGACGAGCAAAUUGCCCAAGGUGCGGCCGCCGCCCCGAGCGCGUCGGGUUUGCUAGUACCAGGAGGAACACUACUAGCGGGGCCACCUCCACCGACCACGUCUGCUGCCAGUGGUCACAGCAUCAAUCUUGCUCAGAUGUUUGGUUGUUCCCCGGCAGCUCCUGGUGCCCUCGGCAGUACUAGCACCGGUGCGACGCCGGUCGCCGAUUCUUCGUCGAAUUCGAUGCAGCGUGCCGUUCCAGGGACGGCCCAGCCAAUGUUUCCCCCAGGAGACCAGCCGCAGCAGGUAGCGCCCCCAAACAUGCCCCCGCCAACUCUUCCCCCGGUGCAGACGACAACGGCGUUGUCUUCCACGAACACCUCCACUGCCAACACGCCACUGCAUACGAGUUCUGUAAUGAACCCCACGUCUGUGGUAUCGGUGCCGCUUAAUAUUAUUAACGGGGGCGUGACCACCAGUACACCGGCGACCGUGGCGCAACUUCCGACUGGAAACAGCAACCCGGGGUCUUUGGUCUUCAACGCUGCGGCGGUGGGCACAACUUCCUGCUUCACGCUGAAGGCUCAGCAUUUCGUUCCGUCGAACGGCGCUGCGGUGGGUGGGGUAGGAGCUGCAGCCACGACGGGCAACCUGGUAGCAGGAACUCCGGGAACCGCCAGCACGCCGGCUCACGUGGUCCAUGUUAAUACCGCGUCGACCCCUAAUGCAGUGCUGGGCAUGACGAGCGAAACCUUUUUGUCGCAACAAAUCGCAACCGCGCAACAGCAGCAGCAACAGCAGCAACGCAAUGCCGCGAACCUGACAUCAACAGCUGGCGCUGGUUGUACACCUGGUGGUGCUGGAGCCCCUUCUUCCGGAGCAGGUGUCGGGGUUGUUCCAAAUCAACAGCCACUCGCCUCAUGCGGUACCUCUUCUACCGACGCUGGGUCAGCAUCCGCCACGGCAGGUGGUGGAGUUCCUGUGGGGUCGUCGACCUCGACCACGACGUCCCAGAAUAUUAACACGCCUGCUCUCGUCGGAGCCGGUGUUGUAGUGCCGAACUACAACCAGUACAAUCCGUUUGUAAACAACAGCGCCAGCAACACGACAGCCGCUUCGCUCGUGACCUCCUCGAGCAACACAACCACCACGUCUACGGGCGCCGGCAGUUGUAGUGGUCAACCGUCUCAGCAGCUGCGAGUCGACUACAACCAGUACAUUUCGACGGGGGCAUAUGAGAAUGCACAGUUGGUCCCCCCGCCUCUCAUAUGAACAAAGGCAUGAACUACAACAGCAAUAGAAGAAGACGCACCAGGAAAUUAAGUAAGUACAUAGUACAGGCUGCGCAUGACAACGACAAGCUCCCGCGCAGACUGUAGCGCCGUCUGGCCUUCCGGAAUUUAUUGUCAUGCAAACAAUGCCAAAGCGCAGGUCAGACUCAGAUGCAGAAUCUGGAUUUGGUAUACCUAGGUGUAAUGAGGAAGAGCAGGGGAUAUUGUGCACUCUCAUAGUGCACCUUCCGCUGGCGGAGCACCUGCUGCAACCUACGGGCAGUUGAGCCAUUUCGGGGCCAACAACAUGCAACCGCUGCAGAUGCCCAAUUUGGUACAACAUCAACUGAGCAGCCAACAGAUGAUGCAGUUGAAUGGUAUGAAUUCUUACGGGAAUGUGGUCGGCGUCGGCAACAACCUGUUGUCCACGUACAAUAACAACGGUGGUGUCGAACAACAGCAGAAUCAGAUGAGCCUGAGCAUGACCAAUACGUCGGGCGGGGCCGGGGGAGGGCACCAGCCCCAGCAAGUGCACCAGCACCCGACCAAUCUUCAGAAUGAACUACCUCAGCAAAUAAACGUCGGAGGCUCGGGAGGUGGCGGGGGUUCCACCUUCAAUUUUAGUAGUGCCAGAAACGCGACCGAGUGGGUCCCUGGAGUACAUAGCGGAACGACCACUGGUGUUCCUGGCGUAGUAUCUUCCAGCACUGGAGGAGGACAACAAGUACAAGCGUUUGGCCAUCUGACUACGCAGCCGCAGCAGCACGACCAAAAUACUACUAUCCUGUACAGCAGUGGGGCGCAGCUGCAGCACCAGCCGCAGCACCAGUUGAUGAACAGUACUGGUCAGCUGCAACAAAACUCCUGUUAUUCACAGCAGCAGCACAACAACAUGAGCAUGGUGAACACGAGCUGCUCCAACCAAGUCCAGAUGGUGCCACAACUACAACCCUAUGUUGCUGCCGGGUCAGCACACAACUCCUCGCAACAGCAUCGCGAACAACUGCAUCAGCCGUAUGGAACAACAACGCAUGUCGGGCAGGCCUCGCACGUGAUCGUGGGCGGGACGAAUAUUCUGACAGCGUCGAUGAAUCAACAUCCCUCGUUUCUUAUCAACGGUGGUGGACAAGGACAACAUCAGAACGUUGCGCAGCAGCCUUACCGCGAGAAUGUGAGCGGAAAAAAUGGGAUGCUGUUGACGACUGCUGACAACUGUUACACAACGCAAAUGCCACUUAAUAACGCGAGUGGGUCUUGUUCUGGAGCGACGCCGAUGAACACGAAUCAGAAAUGGCAGAACAACCGAGGAACUACGGACCAGCGAUCGAACAAGCACCAGCAACGCUAUAAUUCGAGCAAUAACAGCAGGUAUGGCGGAAGCAGCUGCAAUAACACCAACACGAUGAACACGAGCGGCAACCGCGGUCACCAAAAUUCCUGCGCGAACAACUACGUCCAGGAUGAGAAUAUGCCACCAUCGGAUAAUUUUUUCCAGAAUAGCAGCUACAACAACUACAACAACCAGCAGCAGCAUCAGCCGCCGCCGCGCCCAUCCGAAACGAAUCGGCCACUGAUUCUGAACAAAAACAGUGGGAUGAAUGUGAUGAAGCACAGCACGAUGACCACGCCGAUGUCGUCUGCGAGCCCGAUAGCGGAACAGAGUCCGUCUGAUAGCGCCGGGGAGCAGCAUCAAGCGCCCCCCCGGGAACAAGAUGGUACUAGCGUCCUCCUUCCGCAAAACAAGCACGUUGUACACAUGUCCAGUAGUGGCACUAAGGAGAAAAUUCAGCGCAAGAGGAAGAAGGCGCGGGCGCUGCCACCGCAAAAUGUGGUAUCAAAGGGAAGCAGUGGUGCAUCCAGUAAGAUCCUCGGAACCACAGAUGAACUUGCAAUCAUCUCCUGUGGAGUGGUGCUACUGUGCUUUCUUUGCUAUGUGUGUCUCUGUGUGGUCUGUCUCGUCGCGUGAAAUGCGAGAAAGAAUUUGUUUAGGCGUGAGUGCCCGUCCCCGUGGCAGCGCCUGACCAAUCACAAUCCACAGGAGGGACAUAUUGAUGCGGUGAUUCUGAAUGUGAAGUAUUGCCCUCUGUGUAGUAGUUUUCGAUAUGUGCACCACCACGAUUUGUAUACAGAAAUAGAAACUCAGUUUCUUCAUCAAACAGUGAUUUCCUUUUCGGCUCCGUACGGUUAUUGACUGUAGAUGUCACCCUUUGCUCCUCGCAUAUGUGAAUGCUAUCGUCUCGCAAUCCCCCGGUUCCUCGAAAGGCAAGCACAAGCUCGCGGAAGAUGACGCUCCACUAGGCACAUCCCUCGAUGUACAGAAAGUUGUUUUGCCUGUUUUUUUGAUGUUUUGCUGCGGAAUUCAAGUCGACUGCUUGAGGUCAAGUUUUAUGCGAUGACUGGAAAGAUUAAGAUGCAUAAGAUUAAGAACUCGCAAUGUAACCUGCAAUGCCUGAUGAAGGUAAGUGUAAGUGAUGAAGCUGACUUAGUCUUGCUUGUGUAUACAACUCGUUUAUUUGUCGUAGGGUGUUAACACUAAGUAACUGGGCUCCUCAUUGACAACUUCGCGCAAAUUGAUUCCUUCCCAUGCAUUACAGACUGACAUUCCGGCACCAGAUGCAGAUGUGAAAGAUCUGCUCAUUAACUCUGCGGGGUGGAAUGGUGACAAGAACGCGGCCGACCUGGCCUGGCAGAAGAGCGGAGGCGAUUUCGGCGACGCUGUCAAGCUGCUCACAAACUGGAAGCAAAAAGGUACUCACUGGAAUCUCGAAAAAACUAGAGAGAAACGUAAAGGCAGUGGAGGUUUCCGAUGGGAUACAUGAAAGAUACAAAAAUCUGCAUGCGGCUCUGGGUUGAAGAUAAAUCACUUCCUUUUAUUGCGAUUAUUCUUCCCUCCGGAGAACGCAGCCCGAGAAAACGUGUACAUAGGUAAAAAAUGAGCGUCAACAGAUUGAUUUCCGUAGAAAUAGAACAUAAAAAUGAUGAAAUAAUCCAGGUGGAGCACCAUCCAAGAGUGCAUCGGCACAUGGAGGCAAGGAUCGUAAGGUGAAAGCAUAGCCAAGCGCGGUGGGACCGUCGCAGGUACUUCGUAUUUGGAUGAAAGUCCUCGUGUCUUUUUUUUACAAAACGGUCGGGCUUGAUAAAAUUUUUCUGUACUUUCCAGGCAAAAAGAUUUGUAGCAAGUCCAAAUUUUUGUCCAUUUUUACAUCACAGUCGUUCAGAAUCAAUAGUUUUAUUGACUAUAGACAGAUAAGAACUUGACUCAAAGGCUGUAGGGAAAAGUUGCGGAACCCUUAAACAGGCUCUAAAGUUGCGAGUCAACCUGCAGCAAACCUGGAGCAAACCCCUAGAGCUUUCAAAAAUGGCGCUCCUUUCUGAUCGCGAAUACGCACAAUAUUCGACCCAAAAGAUGGAGGUCGACCCGUAGGGAGCAAGCAAAAACCAUGAAAAGCGCGAUACUUUGGACGCGUUGAACCUGCAUGCUGUUACGACAAAACCUGGAGCUUUUCUGGGGCUCGAGCUCUAGAGCUUUCCACAUAUGCGCGCUUUUAUUUUUCGAAAGUGCCUGCUGCUCUGAAAAUAUCUACGACAAAUUCUCGGCGGUGUGGCCCCAAGGCACGUGGCGCGAAGGGCCUCGCUCCGCCGCGCCUGUGGCGUAUGCGUAUGGGCAGGGGCUUCAGGAUAGGCCGGCGGCAUUCUGCCUGGAUCGCCAAGGGGCGGCAAACUGAAACGCGCGCGGCCUCGAGACAUGGCCCGCCCUAACUUCUUCCCACACGGGCGGAAAAUACAGGAGAGCUUGACACCUUCGGCCCCGUUGAAUUUAUUCCCGGCAAAGUUGUGCGCGCCUCCGCUUUGGCCGAAUUCGCGCUGUGGCUGGCUGUUCGAGGCGUAUUGUCUGAAAAUCUGCGAACCCGCGCAAACGAAAAGGGGGGCGGGGCUCCCGUCGAGGGGGCUUUGGGGGGCCCCCUUUCGGGGAGAUGCCACUCGGGAGUAGCAUUGUGAAAAGGCCCAACAGGGGGGGGGCUUCGUUUGGGGGACCCCUAGGGGGCACCCCACAAGCAUUUCGGUUUGCAGCCCAGGAGGGAACUCUGCUGGCCUCCGGGCAAAACAGUUAGCGCGAAGAAACGCCCCCGGAGACCCAGGGCCGGCAGGGUGCUGCGGCCGCGGCAUCAAUGUGUGUCAUCGGCAAUACCGCGCGCGGCGUUUGAUUAUUCAAAGGCCACGCGUGGGCGCCUGUUUCGUCUGUUGAGGCGCGGGCCUAUUGUUGGCUCCAGGCAGCCCGCAGCACCUCUGGCCUUGGGCUGGCCACGUAUUCAUUGCUGCCAUUGAACCGGCAGCACUUGAAGUCCAAAUUUUUGUCCAUUUUUACAUCACAGUCGUUCAGAAUACUUACACUUGAUAUGGCACCACGACCGUUAGCAGAAAUUCCGUUGCCAAGCAUGCUCUAGUGCACCAGUAAUGAUACAACCACAACAAGACCGCGUGAGUCUGCUGAAUGAACAAGUUUCAGUCAUGCUCCCUGCCGGUCGAUACUUUUCGAAAAAGCACUAAUGUUCUACUCCAUCCAAGUUUGUUUUUGUGCAAACACCACCAUCCAUCCCCUCAGCGCGAGGCCUAGCACCAGCUCCCUUGAUGAAGACGGGAAGCUACCUAAUAACGAUAGUAGUGAUCGACGAUGAAAUGUUUGAUUUUUUUAAAAGACCUGCCGGCCAAGUAGUGCGCCUGCGAUACAGAAAUACUCCUUCUUUUGUGGCGCUGGGUAUCAGUAUCACCGAAAAAGGUGUUUCAAUUUAAACAAAAUUUGCGACGUUAUGACGCAUGCAGGACGACAGAAGAUACGCAUACCUACACUUGCAUUGCGUAGCAUGGAGACGAGGAGAUAUUCUUUAUCCCGCAAGAACGCAACAAGCAAAAAGCCACGUAAGCGCAAGCACUUUUUCUUUAUUUGUCUUUCUCCGACAGCUCUCAGCUUUACUCUGUUGGAGAAAAUGAGAUAAAGCAAAUAUUUUUUUCGUAGCAUCCAGUGUUUGUACUUCAAAUAUACCUCCUGGUGCUGCGAUCGCUAUCAGGUACCAGGCGACUUUCAUCUUCCCUAUACGUAUACAUAGAUAUAAAAGUAAAUCUAAAAAGUCUUUAUUCGGUAUUGGUUUCUUGCCGAUCAUUUCAACAUCGUGAGUCAAAAGGAUUCAUCAUCUUCACCAUCUGCGUAUUUCCGCUGUAGUUUGUUGAAAAAGUGAAAAACGAAAAAUGUGUCAUCCCACCCAUCUUUGAUGUCAUGCCUUGUUUCACCUCUACUUUUGAACUCAUUUUUUAUGAGAAAAAAUAUCAACGUAUUGAAAAAGAAUUUUGUCAAUUAUGAUUUUCAUGAAUCACCCCUUGGCUUUGUCCUCAUCGAUGCUCGUACAAAAAUGGAUAUCGACCUUUCUUGUGUACCUUUUGUAUUUCAGUAAAUUUAGCUGGAAUAAACGAUUCAUAUUCAGGCUGACUCCAACAAAAGAGACGGCGCAAUCGAAGAAGAUGAUCAGAUCUGUCACGAAGGCAGGAGCGAAGGUGUUGUUGUGUGUUUAAUUUCUGACAGCAGAUCGUGGCAUCCACGGGACAUUGUGA